CCACCACCAGUCAAUCAGCAUCGCCAUCUCCUACAUUAUUGUACAAUAUCCUGAAACAGACCAAGCAAUUAAGAUUCGAUCCUUCAGGGGUCUACGGCCCAUUUUGCCAUCCAUUCAACUUUGUCCAACAUCGCUGCCUGUCAAUUAUUAUCAACACGGGCCGCUCUUAAUUACAUCUUACGCUGCGUUGGGAAAGAGACUAGGAAAUGGCUCUCCCAGCUGAACCAGGGAAUUCCAAAUUCACCGUCUUCCUCCGCCUGCCGUUCCCCAGGGGAGACUUUGUGGAUCCUCCACCUGUUGAAUGGGAUGCAGCAAAAGACCAGGCUCUUUGGGAUGUCUUAUCUCGGCUUUCCAAGGGAGAUGACACAGACUGGAAAACACUUGCCAAUAAUUUUGGCGUGACUCUGCAGUUCCUUCUGCAGCAAGCUGCGUGGCUCUAUGACCGGCAGUUGACUCAGUUUCGCGCGCAAAUGCGUAAAGUGGGCACGGUCCAGUCGGCUUCUCCAUCGCCAAUGCUUGGCUCGACUUCAGGGAGUUUUGCGUUGGGUGGUCAAGCUAAAGGCGCCCAAGGAUCUCGUCCCGCUCCAAGUCGUCUCACAACGCAACAGAAAGACGCACAGCCCCAAAGGAUCGUUCCCCGGCGCACCAGUUCCAAUGCUACAGUCAACCAAAUUAGACAACGAGACCAAUCCCGCAAUGUCACUCCUACGGCAGAGAUGAAAGACCCCAAACCAGAAGGCUUCGGUCGCCGACCUUCUGCAAAUAUUCGAGAGCAACCACCACCUGCAGCGGCUCGCAGAUCCCCUACUUUGGAAGAAGAGGGCCUUUCGACGAGCUCAUCCGAGUCAGAGUCUGAUGAAGAGGAGCUAGACAACCGGCGAAAUCCCAGAUUCAAGCGCUUCGGAAAGUUGUCUAUGCAUCGGCCAGGUCUACGGGACGAUGAAGAAGAUGACGAUGAUGACUCGCCAGCUUUCCUCCCUUACUCGCGGGAUGUUGAGCAUAGGCCUUGGGAGCGCAGUGGGCAGGACCUCAACGCAACCUUGCGUCUCAAUACCGAAAGCCCAGAUGUCCACCGAAGACGUUCAACGGAACACCCACAGACUCCUCGAAACCCCAUGACAACAGAAUCUUCAAUGAGCUCUGCGAGCUCCGGGGUCCCCGUGAGCCACCCGUCGGGUGGCAACAGUCGGCAUGCUAGUCAAGUCGCAAGUCCACGACGAGGCGAACUAGCCAGCCCGCGGCGGCCGAGAGAAGCCAGUGAUGGCACGCCUAGUAUGGGAAGCAGCUUCAGUGACAUUGAUGAUUCAUAUGUUACAGAGUCAGUGCUUGCAGAGGCACAACUCAGCAAUAUUCAGGGCGGAAUGGCGAGUCGGAUGAGCACCAUCGGCCAAGCUUUUCGAAGUCGCUAUCUGUAAGACGUAUAAUGAUAUAUAAGCUUGAUAUAAGAUCUAGACUGUCAAUUCAUAC